AUGUUGAGGACAUCUCAAUCCCAGAAUAUCCGGGACAUCUGGGAUAUCCAACCCAUCCGUCCCACUUGCCUGCAUAAUGCAAAUCUCACAGUCACAACAUACCACGUGACCCACAGCCAUGAUGCAAAUGGGUUGUGCAUGUUGGCUGACAUGGUGACCAUGGCUGCUACCCAGCCAGCGCUUGCAGUACUGCAAACACUACAGGCCGAACUCUCCCCUGGCUCGCCAUUGACAUUUAGUAGCCUUUUCAGGUUCAUAACCCUGGCAUCGACACUUAGGAACGACAUCUUACUCGUCCAAGCUGUAUCACACCCCUCCAAUACUGCUCCCGACUUUAUCUCUCCUGCCAUCAAUUUGUUCUUGGCAGCCUGUUGUGAUCUCAGCGAAAGUGAUGUAGAUGUGUACUGGAAGGUUCUCAAGGAUGUUGUGUGGCAUAGCAAUGGAGAUAUAUUUGGUAUCGAGGACAUGUUCCCCUUGUUUGCAAAUCAUGGGUGA